GACAAUGAAAAUCAACGCGGUACAAUUUUGACAAGAGGAAGGAUUCGACCUCAAAUUCCACGCGAAAUUAUUGACAUGUGUCGUAUUUGCUCAUAUGUGACUCCAGGCGAACCGCAAGUUGUUCUCGGCACAGAUAAAGCUUUUACAUUUGAUUACGUUUUCGAUACAAAUUCAGAACAGGUAACAAUAUAUAAUGACUGCGUAGAGAAAUUGGUUGAUGGCGCUCUUAAAGGAUAUAACGCUACAGUUCUUGCUUAUGGGCAAACAGGAAGCGGUAAAACGUAUACAAUGGGUACGGGAUUUGAUAGAGAUUUGAAUGAGGUUCAAGAGGGAAUCAUUCCUCGUGCUGUUCGUCAUUUGUUUUCGGGGAUUCAAGCAAUGCAAGAGAACCCGUAUGAUGAGGAUGGAAGUUAUUUGGGAAGCCUUCAAUUCAGUGUUGCUGCACAAUUUAUGGAGCUUUACAAUGAAGAGAUCAUUGACCUACUUGAUCCGUAUAGUAAAGGAAAAGUAUUUAAAAUUCACGAGGAUACAGCUGGAAGUAUUUCAAUUGCUGGUGCAACAAUAAGGCCUUUGAAAGGGCCACAAGAUGCACUCAACUGUUUGCAACAAGGGGCACUUGCUAGAACAACAGCAUCAACAAAUAUGAACGAGUUGAGUUCGCGUUCACACGCUCUGUUUACAAUUCUCAUAAGAAGACAACGUGUUAUGACGUCGGAAGAAAAUGGAUCGCCAGAAGACGAUUUGGAGACGUUGACAUCAAAAUUUCAUUUCGUUGAUCUUGCUGGUAGUGAAAGAUUAAAGAGAACUGGUGCGACUGGUGAACGUGCUCGAGAAGGAAUUUCCAUAAAUUGUGGCUUGCUUGCACUUGGAAAUGUAAUUUCAGCACUUGGUGAUGUGACGAAGAAAGCACUUCAUGUUCCAUAUCGUGACUCGAAACUAACACGACUUCUUCAAGAUUCUUUGGGUGGAAAUUCUCAAACAGUUAUGCUUGCAUGUAUUUCGCCAAGUGACCGAGAUUUUAUGGAAACACUUAACACGCUUAAAUACGCAAAUCGUGCUAGAAACAUAAAGAACCGUGUCCAAAUUAACCAAGAUCAAAGCUCGAGAACAAUUUCGCAAUUAAGACGUGAAAUUGCGGCAUUGCAAUUAGAAAUACUUGAAUAUAAACAGGGAAAGCGUAGCAUUGAUGCAGAAGGAAAUGCUGCGAUAUCUGACACGUCACUGGAGAACGCGAUGCUCUUAGCUGACAAUAAAAGACUUCAGCAGAGAUUGAAAGCGAUGCAGGAGACAAUUAAUGCCUUAACUGAAAGAAAUACUGAACUUCUUGCUGAAAAAGCAAUGUCGGGAUGGAAUAUUAAUGGAAGUGACUCGUCAAUGACUGAAAUGGUUAGCAAUUAUAUUGCAGAAAUUGAGAAGUUAAAAGCAAAACUUAUAGAGUCGGAACAAAUGUUUCAACAACUGAAGAGAUCACAAGUUAGUCCACCAAAAAAUGCUUCGAAGCAAAGUUUCAUGAAUGAAGUGUCAGAAAAUCCAUCGAAUCUCAUUAACAUGGCGAAGCGAGAACUUGAAAAAGAACGCGAACUUUUAAUGUCAAAAUCACUUCCUGGACUUCCAGGAGAAGAAAAUCAGGAAAGAAGUUCGCAAGAUGACGGCAGUGACAGUGAAUCUGACACUGAAUCUGAUGACAAAGCAAACGAACUGCAAGAUGAAAUUAAUGACAUUCAAUCCGACAUUGAAAUCAAAACAAAACUUAUUGAGCAAUUGGAGCUUUCCCAACAACGAAUGAUGGUGAUGAAGCAGCAUUAUGAAGAAAAGUUAAAUGUUUUGUCAGCAAAAAUCACUAACACACAAAAGGAACGAGAUCAAGUGUUGGCUAACAUGGGACAAUCUCCAAUAGCUGAUCAGGGUGGAAAAAUGAAAAAGGUUCGUGACGAGUAUGAGAGAAAACUUUCCGAUAUGCAGAAAGAAUUAAAGAAACUUCAUCAAGCACAAAAGGAACAUUUGAGACAACAGCGUGAACUUCAAGCACAAGAUAAUCAAUUGAGAAGUCUACGACAAGAGUUAACGGAGUUGAAACAAAUCAAGAUCAAACUUAUGAGGAAGAUGACUGACGAGAACAAUCGUCAUAAGGAAGAAGAUGCUCGUCGAAUGCGAGAAAUUGCGCAACUUAGAAAGGAAGCGAGAAAGCAGAGCAGCAUGAUUAAAUCACUUCAAGGUUCUGUAGCUGCGAAAGAUCAAGUUUUGAAAAGGAAAACGGAGGAAGUGUCAGCAUUGAGGAAGACACAUAAGAAUCAAUUGAGCACGAAAGCACAAGGUCGUGUACCGAUGAGGAAAACAAGUGAAAAUUUCCACCCACGUCAGGCGAGAAUUAAAUGGGAUUCACUUCAACGUUCAAUUGGAAAAUCAGCAAGAAGCAAACAAGCUGUUAUUGAACUUGAAAGAGAACUAGAAAGAUUACUUCAUGAGAGAGAACAACUUAGUCGUGAUUUGUCUGGUGUUAGAAAGCGUCAGAAGAUUAUUGAAAGUCCAGAACUUGCUUCAGAAGAAGACAGCAUUCAAGCAAACUUAAGUUACAUUCAAGAGAACAUCGAACAAAUUCAAAACUCAAUUAUGGAACUUGAAGAAGGAAAACAGUCAGCACAUGAACAACUGACAAUCCAAAAUAUUUUAGAAAACAUAAAAUCAGUUGAAGAAGCAAAGUUUUUAAUCGAAAAGCUUUGCAGCAAUUCGAUUUUACAAGCGUGCGAUGUUGGCCUCACUCAUACAAGAUUGAAGGAGAAGGAAGCACUUUUAAAUGAAGUGCAACAAGAUAGUAAUAUUCAGCAACAGCUGCUUCAACAUGUUCUGGCAAGAAAUCCGGCAAUUGCUCUUUCAGAAGUUACCAUCAGCUCCAUUAAUGGCAGCACAAAUCUUGAUCAAAAAUCAAUUAACGACACAAGUACACAUUCCAGCCGAAGUCCGUCCCCAAACAAUUCCGAAUUUGAUCUCCAAUCACGUUCACGAAUGCGUCGUCGUAUUGCCCCAAUGGCACAAGAGCUUCUAUUUGGAGAUGUUGCUAAUGGAAACAAUCGUGAUGAUGAGAUGAGUCGAAGCUACACGAUACAUGACAGUAGCAGUAGAAGCAGUUUAAUUCCUUUGGCGCGCGUUCCAUCAGCGCCCGGAUCUUUGAAGGAUCAGAAAAACAACACGUCACAAAACGUCCAAUUGACACGACAGAAAAGUGCCAUUGCGGGAUCACCAAUGUUUAGCCGUAAGCUUGAUGUUAACGCACCACAGUCACUUGUGCCACAAUCGCCACGUGUUAUGCGACGUCAAUUGUCGAAUAAAACAUCACCUGGCUUAGAGGAUGCAACGGAAGUGCCAUCAUCGCCACCUGUUUAUCGACGAGGAAUUUCACGUGAAGAAGGCGAUGUUUUUUCACGACUUGGUGCUGGAAUUUCAGAUCCAACACCUGGUGGUUCUAUUAAGGAUUUCAAUGGAAGAAUGAAAGUUGGAUCACCACUUUUGUGUACUCAUAUUGUUGAUGGACAUAGCAAUUCAGUGCUUGCUAUAAAAGCAUCUGAUACGAUGCUUUUCACUGCUGCAGCAGAUCGGACAUGUAAAGUGUGGGAUUUACGAACGGGAGCCACUCCUCAUUGCUUGUCAGCCCAUCCUGGCCCAGUGGUAGGCGUCGAGUACGAUAAAUCUUCAAAGAUUCUCUUCUCAGCUUCGGGCGCUUUUAUAAGAACGUGGGAUCUCCGUGAGUCAAAUAUUCGUCCGAUUAAAACGCUUUGCUCUUCGGGCGUAGCACUUUCCGGUUCAGCAAAUCUCUCAUCUAUCCCUACUGGUGAAUCUCCAAUAACAGCUUUAAAGAUGGGAACAACAUCCGGCAAUUUGUACACCGCUGCAAGCGAUAAAGUUCGCUUUUGGGAUUUGAGAAUGUUUUCGUGUAUUGGAAAACUUUCUGGUGGACAUCAAGCAGCUGUGAUGUGCGUGACAACAUGGGAUGGCCCAGGAAAUACAGAUUAUGUCGCAACUGGUUCAAAAGAUCAUUACGUUAAGGUGUUUGAAGUUGCAUCAACUGGCGGAACUGUCGUUCCAUUGCUUAAUCUUGAGCCACCGCAUUACGAUGGUGUCCAAGCUCUUGUGGUUUCGCGCGGAUCAGUUGGUGUUGAUGCUGAAUUAUUCUCCGGUUCACGUGAUUCUGGUAUCAAACGUUGGGAUUUACGCAACGGUGAAUUAAAACAAUCAAUGAACAAUGCUCACAAAGGUUGGGUCUCAGGAAUGACAAUUUAUUCUGACAUUCUUCUGUCUGCUUGUCGAGGUGGAUUAAUUCGUCUGUGGAAUGUAAAAUCUUGUGAUGCUCUUGCUGAGAUGAAAACUGAAGCUUCAAUCAAUGACAUUACCUGUGCUGACAAUCGAAUUUUUACAGCUUCAAAUGAUGGAAAAGUUCGUGCAUAUCGUUUAUCAUCAGCAAUUCGACGAUUAAGUCAAGAGAACAGAUGACAACCAAAUAUUAUUCAGCAUACAAACCACACUCGACAAUACUUUCCAAUGGCUUUAACAUCAUCAACAACAAGAAACGAUCAACGAAGGCUACAACAUCAGAAAUAUAUCAUUAAUGUGAAUAAACCUAAACGUGUCAUCCGGAAAAGUUCAUAAUCAAGUAAAAUUUAUUACAAAAAUUUAAUUUUCUUCAAAAUUAUUUAAAGUUUAGCUGUCUGUUUGUUAUCCAAUCAGAAGAAUCAAAAGUCAUGUCAGAACCUUUAAAAUAUCUUCUAAACAUAAACAAAAAACCGACUUUGUUUAUCGCAGGAAACGAAAACAAUUUAUUUUACGCUCAAUUCUCGACCGACAUGAACGAAAUUAAAUGCCAAAAGAAGGAAAAACAUUCAAAUUAAAAAAAGAAAUGUGAUGAAUGCAAGCUCUACUUAAAAUGAUUUACACAGGGAAAAAGAAAACGAAACACUUGAGAAGGAAUAAAAAAAAAGUAUUUCAUGGCAUUAAAAUUAAAACUGCAGAGGAUAAUAACAAUAAAAAAAAAGAAAUAAUAAAAGCUUUUGAAAGUCCAUUAAUGGUCGAAAGGAUAAAUAUUCUUGAAUUUUUAUUUUUCCUUAAAAAUUUAUGAGUGAAUUUAAUUGCAGAACAAGAAAAGUUGAGUGUUUAAAGAAAAGUAUAUGUAAAGUUGCAUUAAGAUUGUCAUUAGCUUUAAAGGCACUAAGCUACUCAAUAAAACUAACAAGCCUAACGACGUUUUAACGUCACGAUUGGAAACUCCACUCGGAACAGAAAAAUUUAUAUGUGAAGUGAAAUGAAAAACUGUUGAAAAGUCAAAUUAAAUCUAACUUAAUUUUAUUUAUUUUUAUUUUUUUGUCACUAUAAGAACGCAAAAACAUACAUAAUUCAAUGUAGAAAUUUUGGAUCUGUUGAAGUAACUUUGUUGAGGGUAAUGAAAAUUUAGUUUAAAAUCAGUUUUAAAGUUUUCUCUUUAUAAUUUUUGUAGAUACCAAACUGCCAACAAUAAAGUGGCAUUAGUAGAUCCAAACUUAUUACAGAAAUUGCCGGUUUAUGUGUUAAACAUUGUACCACAGCGAAUGAAAAGACUAAUAAAUUUGUGUUAAAUUAAUUAAUCAAAGAAAAGAAGAGAAAGAAUAGUAAUAGAUUUAAUUUACGGUUCAAUGGAUACAAUUAGAACAAGUUAAAUAUUUGGGAUGUGAAAAAUUGUACCUUUAGAUGAGUAAAAAAAUUGUGUAAUUGGAUUUUAUCGUCCCGAUCUGCACUGCAAAAAAAUUGAGAAAAAAAGUCAAUAAAAUUUUAUCACAUUUAUGUUUUAAAAAAAAGUAAUGAACUUUAAUCAA